CUUUAUACAAAUUGCUGGGAUGGGGAUCCUAAUUUACGACCAGAAAUUAAUCAGGUAUAUGAAUCAAUAUAUCAAGAAGACAUAAUAUCAGGUGAAAAAUGGAAAGACUUACCACAAAGUUGUGAUUCACCACAAAAUAAUGAUUCACCAAAAAGUAGUAAUUUAUCACAAAGUAGUUAUUUAUCACAAAGUAGUGAUUCAUUACAAACUAGUAUUUCUGAUGCCGAUACCGAAUCUAAUAAAACCAAUGACGAAGAGCUUUUUAAUAUUAUGUCUGAGGUGUUUGAACAGCUUUCUACCGAAAAUCGUGAGAGGAUUCAACAAAUUUCUGAUGACAAAAUGGGUCGUAUGACCAAAGCUGCUGCUGCUGCUAAUCAAAAAAGAGUUACCACUUUGGAAGCAAACCGAUA